AGGAGUGUAAAGAGAGAGAAGAUCGAUAUAAAAGAGACAUUAAAGACAUAGAGGAACAAGAGAGAAAGAUACGAGAGGAGCUGAAGAGAGAACGAGAGGAAUGGGAGAAACAGAAACAACAGGAAAGACAAAGAAGAGAAGAAGAGGAGGAGAAAAGAAGGAAGAAAGAACAGGCAAUGUGGGAUGAAUAUAAUCAGAGACUUAAACAAGAGAUGGAGAGAACGAAGAUGAUGAUGAAGGAAGAAAGACAGAAUCGUGAUACAGAGAGAAAGAGAAUAGAAGAAGAAUAUAUAGCAGAACAGUAUAAAAGAGACAUUAAAGACAUAGAGGACCAAGAGAGAAAGAUACGAGAGGAGCUGAAGAGAGAACGAGAGGAAUGGGAGAAACAGAAACAACAGGAAAGACAAAGAGAAGAAGAAGAAGAAGAAGAAGAAGAGAAAGAAACACAUAUAUUUAAUGAACUUCAUACAGGAACUCCUGAUGCCCAGCACCCAAACAGUGAUGAAACGGAUCCAGAAUGUUUGAGAAUCUUGCUGUUCGGGAGGACAGGAAGUGGAAAGUCAGCAACAGGAAAUACUAUCCUCGGAAAAAAUGUGUUUUACAGUAAGGACAGUUCAUGUUUAGUGACCACUGCUUGUACAAAGGUCAUCGGUGAAGUUGAUGGUCGGUCAGUAGCUGUUAUUGAUACUCCAGGACUCUUUGACCCCUCCCUGACAAACGAACAAGUGCAGGAAGAAAUAAUGAAAUGCAUUUCACUGACAGCACCUGGACCUCAUGUGUUCAUCACUGUGUUUAAUAUGGGAAAAAUCACCAAGGAGGAGAAAGACACUUUAGAAAUGAUAACGAAGAUCUUUGGCCCAGAAGCAGCAGAUUUCAGCAUUGUUCUCUACACCAGAGGAGACAAAUUAAAAAAACAAACAAUAGAACAAUAUGUAGAGAAAUAUAAAAACGAUGAACUCGACAAUCUGAUCAGAGAUUGUGGAAACAGAUUCCUGGCUUUUAACAAUACAGAAACACAAGAUCGGGCACAAGUUAAGCAGCUGUUAAAUAUAAUAGAAGAAAUGAAGAAAUCUAAGCAGGGCAGAUAUUUCACUAAUGAGAUGUUUGAGGAGGCAGCGGUCUCCUUUGAACAGAGAAUGAAAAUGCUAAAAGAAAAUGAAAGAAAAAAUCAGGCUCAAGUUAAUGAAUUCACAGCCAAAUAUGACAUGGAACACAAAAUCAUGAGAAAAAGACUGGAAGAGAAAAAACGACGGACAGAUGAGGAAAGAGAGAGACUGAAAAAGAAGUUCAGAGAACAAGAGGAAUCACUCAGGAGAGAGUUUGAGGAGAAAGACAAAUCAGAGCAAGAGAAGCAAGAGAUCGAGGAUCAGAAACAAUCAGAGCUGAAAAAACAGCAAAGUGACGAAUAUGAUCAAAGAAUAGAGGAGAUGAAGAGAGAAAAUGAAGAUCAGAGAAUCCAGUAUGAGAAUCAGCAAAAAGAAAGAGAAGAAGAAGAUAAAACGAGAGAAGAAAAAUAUAAACGAGAUCAAGAAAAGAUGAAAUAUGAUCAUCAACUCAUCAUGUCAGAGUUAAGAAUGAAACAGGAAGAGGAAAUAAAAAAGAGAGAUUCAGAGGAGCGAAUAAGGAGGAAACAAGUAGAGAAAGAGAGAGAAGAAUGGAAGAGAAAAUUAAAAGAGGCUGAAAAUGACGAAGAGACCAAACGACAGCAGAGGGAAUGGGAGGAAGAGAAGAAACGACAGAUGAGUGAACAAAAGGAAGAGGAAAGAAAGAGGAAAGAGAGGCACAAGGAACAGCUGAGAGAAAAACAAGAAGAACUGGAGAACAAGGAGAAGAAAUUUGAAAGAGAGAGAGAAGAAGAAAGACAAAACAGAGAGGAGGAGAAACAGCAACGGAUAAGAGAGAGAGAACAGAAAUAUAGAGAAUAUGAAGAAAAGAAAGACAAAAUGGAGAGACAUUAUGAAAAGCUGGAGCAAGAGAGAAAAGAAGAAUGGAAGAACAGAAAACAAGAGGAUGAAGAGAGACGAGUGGCAAAGAGAAAGAGAUGGGAGAAAAUGAUGGAAGAUCUGAAACAAGAGCAAAAGGAGGAGAUCAGGAGAAGAGAAAGAGAGGAGAAAGAAAGAAUAGACAGAAAAGAAAAAGCGUGUGAUGAAAUGAAACAGACACAUGAAGAGGAAAUAGAGAAGAUGAAGAAUGAUCAUGAUGAUGAAACUAGAGCACAAGAAGAGGAACUGAAUUAUUUCAGAGAGAAAGCUGAUCAGAGCGUUCAAGAGCUGAAGAACAAGAUAGCCGAAACCUAUGAGGAGGAAAAAUUAAGAAGGGAAAAAAGCUCAUGUCAUGUCAUGUGAAACAUGUUUGAAAAAUUAUUGAGAAGUCAAAUGACUAGAGACCUAAUGUCUUUCUCUCUAGCAUAAGUGAGCUACUGUAUCUGUCUUCACGUAAUCUGGGAUUUAUUCAUUCAUGCUCAUUUAAUUAUAUAACCAUUCAUUGAAUUAUUCAUUGUAAUCACAUUAUCAGUUCUCAAACAUUUUAACCAUUUAGUCAUUUAUUAUUUGCCUUUUAUAUUUUCCUUGCUUUUAUUGUCCACUACAGCAUCAAUACUCUGCUCAGUGCCGCUGACAAAAACAACAACAACAACAACAACAAAUGUGUUUAUUAAUGUUUUUAUUUCAGUACAUGGCCAAUAUAAUCAUAUGAAAGCAUUCAAACCACAAUAUGUAACAUUUACAUAUGGCAACUGCAAAGUAUCCAGUGUGUAAACAACAACAUUUAUGCACUAAAGCCAUAUUUUUAAACAUGUUGAGCAUUGCUUUAAAUGUGCUUUAAAUGCAUUCUCCCAUCCGUUGUCAAUCGCAAAAUCCACCACACAAUUCAUAUUGAAAUGAAUUGAAACUACUAGCUCUGUGCUAGUGGACAUACACCAUUAUGACUGUGUGUUUCAAAGAAUAUUUGUCUUCAAGAGUAAGAGAGUGUCACCAUUUUAAGGUUUUAAACAUCACAGGACGAUGUUGUGAAGCAGUCAUUUUCUAUGGCUAUUGCUUUGUUGGAUUUGCUGGUCAGACAAAGGAAAGACAAAGUAGCGAUGAAAAAGCCAGUGAAGUCAGACUGAGCACUGAAACUCCAGUAGAAAACAACUAAGCACUCCUGCUUUCUUUCUGCUAUUUAACACAUGAUUGUUAAUGACCGUUUUGAAUACAGGUUAACGGGUUUUGGGGAUCAGACAAAAUAAUAUUUUCUGACAGGAUCUGGCGUCUGGGGUUGGAUUGAAUAUUGCAACUCAAUGUAACACGGGUCACAAUGAUACUUAUUUUCUGGUAACUAACAAAAAAUAAAAAAGUUUUUCCAUUAAUAAA